CCGGAUGAGUUCCGCGAUUUAAGUUGAGCGAUGUGUGGCUCGUGCAGAUUAGGGGAAUGUCUCGCUAUAGUAAGCACUUGGCUGCUUUGAUGCUUGUUGCCUAUAACCUAAUAUCACGAGUCUGUGGGAACGCCUUGACGUUUUUGCCGAAUGAGUUUAGCGUGAUCGUAUCGCUGACGUAUUAGAGCACAUCGGCACAAACUUUGCCGCUGUUGACAUAGUGACAGAGUUGUUAAUGUUUAUCGUUUUUUUCUUACGAGUGUUAAAGUAAUAAAAGUUAUAACUGCUUUAUUAUUCUAUAGUUCGGACAUACUAGAAAGUCUACAAGACCAAUCGUCAUGUUACUAUAACGAGUGUUUUUUUCGCUGGGCAAAAAUACGUUCCAUAUCUUGCAAGAAGACCGUAGUGGGAGUGAUUUGCCACUGUGGUUAUGAUCUUCAGCUUUCUUCUUUGAAUUGUAGGACAACAUGCAGAUCGAUCAGUCGAGUUCACGGAAAGGUGUGUUUAUCGGGAAGACCUCGAUGGGAGUGAUUUUAGUAUGCCGAAACUUGCGCAUCUGUGAUUAGUGAGGAGUAGGCCUACCGGAAGAACAUAAGAGAAAACACCCUGUUAGUAGCAGUGAGGCGGAUGUAACUGGAUUGCCUGCACGUAUCUCUGAUGGAGGUCCACACGACAAUUCCAUUUCCGGAACCUUCCGACUGCCAGAGUUAUGAAGACAUACACAGCAAUGCAACAGCUUCAGAACCCAAGCACAGUGGUGGAUGCCACGUGCCUGGUGAAGACAUUGCAGGGUGUCAGAGCAGUGCAUUGCCUGAAGCUCUUCUAUCUGUCACUUCUGCUUCACAAAAUACCAACAGUGUGUAUUCCCUGUCAGAUGUGACUGCUACUAAUUCGAAUUUACAGCAGUUGGAAAUUGAAAUUUCUGAUGCAGCUGAUGGCACGGUACACAGUACAGACUCCUGGCACGUGACCAUUGAUGACAUGCCUGACGAGAUUUUGAUAAAGAUCUUGUCUCACAUGUCUUUCAGUGAGCUCAUAGAUGUUGUACAAAAAGUGUGUCCUCGUUGGAGAAGGCUGUCCCAAGAUCCAGAGUUGUGGGAUGACAAGGAAUACCAAAUCUGGUACUGGCCUUCCAGUGACACACACACUUGUAAAGGUGGCACAACUGACCGGGAGGCGAUACAGACUUUCCGUGAUGUCCCAAACCUGCGCAAAGUAUGCACGUAUCGGGGAGCCACAUCCCGUGUCUUCCGUACCCUAUACAAAAACUGCCAGAGACUGUCCGAGCUGCGUCUGCAUGUCGCGCAGAAGCUCACCUACUCGGUACUGAAGAAUUUGGUUGAGAAGUGCUCCAGACUACACACACUGUGGAUACCCAGUGAAUUGCUGAAGUCAGAGAAAUUUUCAGAGGCAGUGUCUCGUUUACAGCACCUGCGUGUGCUGGCUCUAGAGACACACUCCCCGGAACACACACCCGUGCUGCGACCUUUGGGUGACGGAUGCCCACGACUAACCGAGGUAGACUUCAGAUGCACGAUUGUCGGUAUGGAUGAUUUGAGAUACUUCCUGAAUGCCAAGAGGAACACCCUUAAGUCCAUAUGCAUAAAGUGGGCAAUGGAUGGAAAAUGGUGUGUCCUGCCAUUGCUGACAGUUCUUGCUGACAGCUUGGAACGUCUGCAGCUUUAUGAUUUUGACAUAGUCCGUGAUGAAUUGACAGAGGCAUUCAUUGCCCUGGGAAGCCUCAAGAAGUUGGAGGAACUUGAUAUGUCAAUCCUUGAUCCAGUACCACCUGGCACAGCUGCUCUGGCAUUUAAGUUCGGUGGACUGCCGAAUCUGAGACUGCUGGAUCUACGACAAGGGUACGGCCUGGAUGAUGACACGAUAAUCGCCGUAAGCACUGGGUGCCCACUUUGCAGCAACUCAUUCUCAGAGAAGCUGAGCAACUGUCCGAUGCGGCUUUCUCUCAAAUCUACCGCCUGGAACAUCUUGAAAUGUUCAGCUUAAAACCCAACAACAUGUAAUGUGCAAAAAAGCUUUCUGCAGCCUUUAUGGGAUAAAGAAGGCUUGGGUUGAAUGUCUGGCUUAAUUUGCGUCCAAAAAUAUUGGUCCACCCGCAGAUCGUAGAGGAAAACAUGAAAACAGGCUUAACAGAACUGGACGUGUCAUGUUGUGGAGGGCUCGGUGGAGCCCUGAUUCCCUACCUUGCCAGGCUGCCACAACUUCACAAAUUGGUCAUGGAGGAAAUGGAGUUUCCCAAUUUGCAGCCAGGCCUGAGCAGUAUUCUCCAGUUGUCGGAUAUCCAAUGCCUGAUACUCAACUCUUCCAACAUUACCGGAGUGCCCUUUGAUAAGUUUCCAGGAAGGCUUGUCAGUCUCAGGGAGCUGAGAAUCCAGUGGUGUAGAGGUGACCCUAAUGUCACAAAUCUGCUGACUGAGCAGAUGCCUAGCCUUGAAAUCCACAGCAGCUUUGAAGAGGAGGUACCAGCUUACAACACGGAGGGUCAGGAGAGUGACGCACAUGUUGCAGAGGAAGAUGAUGAAGAGAAUGCAGGGCCUGGCAAUGCAGAUGAGUCACAGGAUGGCAGUUGGCAGAAUGACAAAGAUAGUAAUGAUGAUAGCAGUAGUAGCAGUGAUAGAGAAAGUAAUAACAUUAUUUGGGAUGAAAGUAGUAUACCUAUUCUCUUUUUAGAGGAUAUAUAAAAGUGGUGUGAUUUUUACACAGAUAUACAAAUCUCAGUACUGAUUGUAUUUCAUCUGGAGCAGUAUAACUGGAUCAAAAUAACUGCCACUGUUGGAUUGAGCAUAGCAUCAUAAUGGACAGCUGAAUGCUGUCAGUCUAAAACCAGUGGUCUUUGUAACAUUAUCAUUAAAUUGACUUUCCUGUAACGUUAUGUUAACAAUGACGAAAAGUGUUUUGAAGUAAGAUAAUUAUAAAUUAUUCUAGAGAUGCAUAGCUGCCAACCUUGGGAAAAGACUGUCUGUUAUCACAUUGGGAAAAAUGCUGGGGUGGGGGGGCUAGAAAAUUUUAAACAUUGGAAGCGUGAUUUAGGCCUUUAACUCUUUCACUGCUGCAUGCGCCAUAACAGUGCGUGCAUUGGUGUGCAUUGCACUCGGGACGCUCAGUGCAGUGGUGCUUGCCGUGCUGGAUAUGAUAUGGUAUUGAGCACUGCAACACUUACUGCACCAAGUUGUUGUCUUAUGUAUUUAUUCCCUCCAGUGUCUAAAUUGUUGUUUGAAUAUUCUGUAUUUUUGAAGUUCCUAGAAUUAGAUAACAUUAGAGAAAAGUACAUUUCAGAAAGUUUUGUUGUAUGAUGUAUAGGGUGGGUGGGAAGCAAAUAGGUACCAUUAAAUGGCUGUUAAGUUCGAAAUUUUAUGGAAUAACAUUGGAAAUAGUGUAGGCAUACAGAACAUUAAAUAGGUAGUGAUUUUUUAACGCUGUGUAGUACCAACAAUGGCUGUGAGGGGCAAUGUACUUCACAACAACAAAGAUGGCCAAUUGCCCUACAGUUAGAGAAUGAACACAGAGCACUUUAUACUGUGAGGUGUGGGAUUUGACCAAUCUUGUGCAGAGAUGGUGGUGUAUGGUGAGGGGUAGGAAUGCCACAUUUUGCCUGUAGACAAUAAAGAAAUUGUCAUGGAAAGCUAAUGACCACAGAUUCGGUGAGGGAUGCAACAAAAUCAAAUCGUCCAUCUACAUCCCGGUGUCCUGAGAAUGUGGCAAUUGUGCGGAAUGUGUUCAAUCAUAAUCUGGGGAAAUCGACAUGCUAGGUAGCUCGUGAGAGCAGACUUGCAAGGCAUGCGAUGUGUUAAGUGUGGCAUAAAGAAUUAAACUUUCAACCAAGGGAACUCCAUUAUGUACAGCAGCUGACACCAGAAGAUGUGGUCUCAGAAUGGAAUAGGGGGAGGUAGUGGCAGAAAAUUGCACUCAAUUUUCCUCAAUAUCACACUUCUUAAAGUCAUUGCUUGUAACUUUUGUUUAUUUUGAUUGGCAUUUUGCUCAGUGAAUGUGUGGCACCAUCUUUAUUGCUGCAGGUCUGUCAGUUAAAAGAAAAGGUAAAAAGGCACAAUAUUGAGCCUCGUGUGUUUUGAGGAUGUAUAUGCCACAGGACAACCUGCAGAUCUGGAAAUAACCAGGAAUUUUUUCAUCCUGGAAAAAUCCAGAAAAAAUGGUGGCAAUUUCAUAGUAUUCCUGCAGUUUUUAAAAUUCCAGGAAUCAAUAAAUAUUGUUCUUGUGAUUGUUGAUAAAGAGAAUAAUCUAUAGUUUAAAGCUAAAGAUGUUGCAGAAAGGAAGGAACAUGAAAAUCCUCAAACGACAAUUGGUGACCACGUAAAUUAUGAAGACAAGAAAACUUGCAGUGUGUUAAUUGACUUAAAGUGCGUCUAAAAAUAUAUAGCAUCACACAGUAUGCACCAACAAAAAUGUAAUUACUCUGCUGGUGUAUAAACACAGGACAACAACAAAAAAUAUGACAGAAAAUCUUACUAAUAAGUUUGAUUUGAAUCUUAAUUUAGUCACACUGACAAAGGAACAAGAAUUCAUCAGAAUCAACAUCAUUUGCUUCAAGAAUGAAAAGUGUGAAACAUAGAUCUCUAUUGGGAAAUAUAGAAUUUAUCUAUACUUCACAAAAUAUAGAACUGCAGUUGAGUGUGAUGAAAAUCAUCAUAAUGAUUAAAAUAUAACAGAAGAAAUUAAAAGGCAAUAAUUAAUAGAAAAGCAAUUGAAGUGUAAAUUUAUCACUUUAAUCUUGAUGAUGAAAAGUUAAAUAUUUAUGAUGUUAACAGAAUGCAUAAAGAUAUUUUAAAACAAAUGAAGAAGAAUAACUAAGAAAUAGAUGGGAAAACCACCACUGGAAUAUUAAUAAAAAAAUUUAGAUUCAGUAAAACACCAGGCUUAACUUGUAAUGAAAAAUUAAUAAUAUUUAUCAAUGAAUCUGGUCUAAACAUAGAGAAACUUCAAGGAGGACAAAUCGUCUCUCUCCCAACCCCCCCCCCCCCCCCCCCCCCGUCCAAUUAACAUUGACUUAAAGGCAAAUUCAAUAGAAAAUAAAUUUAGGCCCAGUGAUUCACUGGAUGUAAGUUAUAAUGAAAAUAAAAAAAGCAGUUUAUGUUAAUGAAUCUGUGACAGCUAAAGCAGUCUUUAGACUAUGUCUGGACUAUGCUCUUUAAUUCUAAAAUAAAAAAUUAUAAAAAUGACGUUGUCCUUACUUACCCAACUACCUAUUACGUGAAUUAUCAUAUCACAACCACUUAACACAUACUUUAUCUCCUUUCAUUCUUAAAGCUCUCUAAAGAAGAUACACAUUUGGAUAUUUUAAGUUCUGUAUUUAAAAAUUUGCUUUUACCUUUUCUCCAUCCCAAGUCAUUAAUUUAUAUUUGGUUGGAUUAGAAUGAAUAACAUCCUCAAUUUCAAAAUUUUCUGCUUAGAAAUUAGCUGUACAACUUUUUUCAGAAAUUCCUUAAAGUUGAUUAAUUCUAACUUUAUCACUGACUUUAUAUUUAGGUUUAGCAUUAGAUAGUGACAUCUGCUUCAUAAUUUUUGUCAUUAACUUUUACUUGCUUCGUUUUUAUUGUUCAAUAUGUUCAUCGACCUAUUUUUCAACUAGUUCAAUCCAUUUAUGAUUUUCUUUUACGCCAAAUUUUUCCGCAUCUUUUCUUUAAGCAUUCUAUUAAAUUUUUCUACAACAGAUGCUUAUAACUCAGUAAAAGUUGAAUAAUGAUUAAUAUUAUAUUUCUACGUAAAUUCUAGAAAUUCUUAGUUAUAGAAUUCUUUACCAUUUUUCGGUUUGUAAAUUUCGUGAGGUUCUCUCUCUCUAAAUAUUCUUCCAAAGGCAUCUACUACAUUUCUACCCGUUUUAUCUUUAAAUGAAAUAGACCAAGCAAAUUUUGAAAAAAACAUUGACUGCAGUUAUUAAAUAUUUAUGUUUAUUUAUUUUUUAAAUUCCUUUCAAAUUAACUGAAUCCAUUUCUAUUAAAUCUGCUUGCCAUAAGUUCUUUAGUCCAAAAGAAACAACAUUUCUUGUUUUAAUUUUUUUCUCAUUUGUUUUGUAACUCAUUAAUAAUUCUGGUCUGGAUGAAUCACUCACCCCUAUACUUAUAAACAAAUUUUAACCAAUAUACUUUUUUUAGUUUUACAAACUGUACAGAUUUCUUCAAUCAUUUGACUUCCAUUUUUAGUUGUUAGUCUUCGAGGAUUCUGUGUUUCAGUAAAUUUUCUGCACUUAAAGCACCAUAUGUGAUUGUCCAUUCAUAUAGAUUAAAAAUUUAAAAUAAUUUAAAUUUAUUGCUCUAUUAUAUUAUCAUUAUUUGAUUAAAAAAAAACAGUUUGUCAGACAAAAGUAAUGUGCCUGAAACAGCUACAGAUUUACAGUUUCAUUUAAAGGUAUAAAUAUUUUUUCUUUCAUUUUCAUUUCAAGUGAUGGUUUAUUGAAUUGUGGUGGAUAUAAGAUUUGUAGUUCAUCAUCAUUAUAUAUUUUUAUCUCUACUUGAAAAUUAGUAGGUGUCAGGUCACCAUUUACAUUCGCUUCAAAUAAAAUAAUUCUCUUGGUUUUCGCAUCAUACCUAAAUGUGUAUUUUCAUACUUUGACACCGGUAGCAAACUUAUGUUUCAGUUUGUUUGUCACACAUUCUUUCUUGAAGAUUAUUUAACUGGUUUAAGUAUGGUGUUACUUCUGAGUUUGAGAAAUAAUCUAUAAAAGCUUUUUCUACUUAGUUUUUUGUAAAGUUAUUUGCUAUAGCGUUAUAACUACGAAGUUCAUUAAUUUUUUUCAAUAAGAUGUGUUGUAGUGACACAGUUAUUAAGUUUUUGUAGAAUAUGUGUAUAUUCAGGUUUCGUAACAUAUUUUUUCUGAGUAUUGUUUGGUAACUGAACCAUAACCACCUAUUGGAUCUUUUAAAUCUACUAAUCUCCAUUCUUUAAAAUCAAUAUCACAUUUAGUUGCUUUUAAAAACUUUACAUAAUUCUUUCUGAAAUUAUUAUUUUUUUUUGGAUCAGUGUUACCAAAUUCAUUAAGUUUUUUUUAUUAUUUCCAAAAGUGUCCAUUUACUAUAUUUAUAAUUUCAUUAAAAUUGUAAUCAUCUGACUCAGUUUGUAAACAAUUAUACACAAAUGGCCAAAAAUUACUUCAUUAAAUUUUUCUAUUUGUUGCCUACGCAAUGAUAUUCAACCACUUCUUUAGAAAUAUUUCCUCCAAAUGAAUCAAACACAGAUUUUUAUAUGUUUAUUUUUCCAAUGUGAGCCAGCAUGAUAAGACUUACAUAAAUUAACUAUUGCAGAUUCAUAUUCUCUAGGAUGGCUAGAUAAUUCAUCAAUCAUAAAAACACCACAAAAGUAUUUGAUUUUUAAUUGUGUAGCAAGUCUUUGUAUGUCAAAAUUACUUAAUGCAUUAGGAUACAUAUGAAUUACUUUUGGCAGUUUUCUUAUUCCAGUCCCAGCUUUCUUCCCCAUUGCUAAAUUAUGUCUUUUUUUUAUCUUUUAAUACUGUAUCACCUUUUUAUUGUCCAUUACUGCUUUUGCAAUACCAGCUGCUCUACCAGCUAGUGAACCAACAGUUUCUGCCAAUUAAGGAAGAAUUCUUCCCAGUGUUUUAAUCUCUCUCUCUCUCUCUCUCUCUCUCUCUCUCUCUCUCUCUCUCUCUCUCUCUCUGUUAAGCAUCAUUUUAAAAAGUUGUCAGUACUGUUGUUGAUUAUUAAGUUUAAUUUUAAUUGAUUUUGGUUCAGUUUUGCCCCUAGGUUGCACAGUAUGAUGAAUGCUGAAAUUAUUCAUUUAUAUACAUUGAAGAGCCAAAGAAACUAAUACACGAGCCACAGAAGUGCUGCAACAUGGUGUGUCACAGACUCAACUAAUGUCUGAAGUAGUACUGGAGGCAACCGACACCAUGGAUCCUGCAUCCUGGAUCCAUAAAUCUGUAAGAGUAUGAGGGGGGAGAGAUAUCAUCUGCAUCCUGGAUCCAUAAAUCCGUAAGAGUAUGAGGGGGGAGAGAUAUCAUCUGAACAGCACAUUGCAAGGCAUUUUUCAUGACUGGGGACUUUGAUGACCAGUGGAAGUGUUUAAACUCAUAACAGAACCUCCACCAGCUUGAACAGUCCUCUGCUGACAUGCAGGGUCCAUGGAUUCAUUAGGCUGUCUCCAUAUCCAUACAUGUCCACCCACUCAAUACAAUUUGAGACAAGACUCAUCUGAUCAGGCAACAUGUUUCCAGUCGUCAAAAGUCCAACGUUGGUGUCGAUGGGGCCCAGGCGGAGCUUAAAGCUUUGCAUUGUAUAGUCAUAAAUGGUACACGAGUGGGCCUUCGGCUCAAAAGCCCAUAUCAAUGAUGUUUCGUUGAAUGGUUUGCAUGCUGACACUUGUUGAUGGCAACCAUUGAAAAUGUGCAGAAAUUUGCGGAAAGGUUGCACUUCUGUCAUGUUGAACGAUUCUCUUCAGGCAUCAUUGGUGACAUUCGUGCAGGGCCUUUUUCCGGCCACAGUGAGUUGGAGAUUUGAUGUUUUACCAGAUUCCUAAUAGUCACGGUACACACAUGAAAUGGUCAUAUGGGAUAAUACCCACUUCAUUGCUGCCUUGGAGAUGCUGUGUCCCUUCGCUCGUUUGCUGAUUAUAACACCACGUUCAAACUCCUUUAAAUCUUGAUAACCUGCCAUUAUAGCAGCAGAAACCGAUAUAAUAACUGCACCAGACACUUGUUGUCUUAUAUAGGCACUGCCAACUGCAACGCUGUCUUCUGUCUGUUUACUUAUCUCUGUAUUUGAAUGCUCAUGCCUGUACCAGUUCCUUUGGCACUUCCCCCUUCGCCGGUUCUUUCGACUUCUACCCAGUCGCCUGCCUUGCCCUGUCGAGGUUUCUCACGCCCCCCAUCUUGCACGUGCCUUCGCUCGAGGUGUUUGUGCGUGUCCCCCCUGGGACAUAAUCCACGACGUCUCUGUAAUACUACGCGAUGACACACUGUUUGUUGUGUGUUUCCCUUCAUCCGGUGCUCAUGACACAACCACUGCCAUUCUCUGCCUGGUGAAUGUGUUCACCUCUCGCCCGACGUCGACCUGGACAUGUUUUGUGUGUUUGCCAUGCCCACCGGAGACAUCAUCAUCGUCGCUCCGUUCCACCCUUAAACUGCUAGCGUCCAUGUAGCCACACAACCAGCACGCCCAGUAUGACGCCCGGUGCGCUUCAAUGACUUUCAGGUUCGGUUGCCGAUCCUUCCUUCAUGACAUCUACCGACACAGCUCCCCGACAACGCUGUCGAGCUGACGCCUGCUUACACAAUAGCUCCCCACCCCACCCCCCCACCCUCCGCAGUCCCCCCCCCCCUCCGGCCUCUCAAUAGGGGGAGACCCCAGCAUCGAUCUGAGUAUCGUCUUUGAACUAAACUAAGAUUAUCUUUGAACGAAACUGCCAUGCCAGUUCUUUGUAAGCCUUGCUUGUGUAAAGAGGUGAAUAAAUGAACUAUUGCAAAAUGGGAGUAUUGUUUGGUGUCACUGACCCGAACUUCUCCCUCAAGGGGUUGGUUUCGGGGAAGUCGCCCAGAACAGCGGAUCAGGAGAGAUUUACUCUACCAGAUGAGAGGGAAAUUCUUUCCUUCUGAUCCUGUAAGUUAAGUCUCCCAUGACCCGUCAUUCUGAGUGACUUUUUUAAAAUCUAUCCCUUUUCCUAGACCUCUCCAGUCCCUUUCCUUCGACCCUUCUGCCUGAAGGAGCCACUGGCUCCGAAACCUUGCCAAAUACAACCAUCUUUUAUGUGUGUGUUCUGCCGCCGCUUGGUGAGUAGGUUUUUUUAUCUGUCAAAUUAAAUAAUUUUGUCAGUAAUUGAUUGUUUUCGUUUUACAGUAAUAUGUGUUUUAGUUAGCAGAUUCAUUAAUCCACCUGUACCUUCAUAUUCUUUACCACCAACAGUUUCUUUAUCUACAUUAAAUUUUGCUGAUAAAUUACCAGCGUAUUUAAACAUACCGAUAGGUUUCAAUCCAUAAACUUUAUCUUCACUAUGAUAAAUAUACUUUAUAUUUAUAUUUAUUUUUCUAUUCACACUUUCAGCUUGAGCUAUCUUUUUUCUGUUUUUAAUCUCUUCUUCAGCGCAUCUUGUAUUUCUGAUUGACUUAAAGUAUAGUCAUACUUAUUAGGAUGAUCGUCAGAGGAUUCAUAUUUUGGAGUUGCAUAUCUUGGUACACCUACAAGUUCUUCUGAAUGUGUAUGAUAUGGAACCCUUUGUUUUUCAACUUCUUUAUUAUCUUCAAUGGCUUUCAGUACAUUAUCACCUGAAUGUCAGAUUCCUUCUUCAACUUUUUAUUUGCAUCAAUAGCAGGUUGAUCUUUUUUUAUAAUUUCCAUGUUUUUUAUGUAUGGAUAUAUAAAAAUUAAUAAGAUAAUGCAUUCUGCAUUUACACUUAUAAAAAAAAUAGCAACCACUUGUAUCUGGCUUACAUUUAGCAUUUCCCUAGCCCAUGACCUAUUUUUUCUAAAUUUUCAUGUUCUUUUAUAUAUUCAAGAUCUUCUUUAAAUUCAUUUAUAUGUUCAAGUAAAAUGCCAUUAUCAUGGUCUAAUAGAUAUGCAAUAUUAUCUUUUAAAGAACUCAUUUAAUAAGGAAAUAUAUUAUACAAUAUCUGUAUUUCCCUUUAUUAGGUUUUUCUAGUCCUACAUAUAUUUUUAAAAAUCCAAACUGAGCAUUCCAACAUUUACUAAAUGUCUUUAAAAUCAUCAAAUUUUAAAUCACCAACAACAAACUUAUGGUAGAUAUGAUUUAAAUUUGUAUUAUCUUAUCUAAAAAUAUUUUAAAAAUUUAGAUAAUCCUUUACUAAUUGUUUUGGUAUUUUUGAAUAUGUCUGGGCUAAAUAAAGACCAUCUAUUCCUUUGUCUUCCUCUAGUAAAAUAUUCUCUAACUGCAUCUUGAUUUCAAGACUGAAAUCAUCAAAUACUACAAGCGAGUUAUCUUUGCAUGGUGUAAUUUCAGCUCUGUUUUCAAUAAACGUAGUAAUCUUCACAUUAUUUUUGUCUUCAACUUGCUUACUGAUUUCUAUAAAUUCCUGAUAUUUCAAUUGGUCUAAACUUUUUGAAUAAACUUACAAGUGAUUUAUCUUAAUCCAGUUUAAUCAUCCUAGAGCUAGAAUAUGACUGUCGAUCAUUAAUGUUGUUUCUCCACAACUACUUGGAUCUAUUAUGUAGAGCACAUCAAAUAGAAUUUGGUAAAAUCUUACCUUGUUUAUGUUUUGAUCUCUUCUCCAGAAUUUUUAUCCCUAUCAAUUUUCAUUUAAAUACAUAAAUUAUUAUUAAUAUGAGAUGUCACCUAUUUCAUUUGAGUGGUAAGUCACCUGUUCUCAAAAAAAGGUUGACUUUACCUAUACAAUAAAGUUAUAGCAAUGUUGCACUAGUUGGUCUUUAGACAACAUUAGUAACUCCAAACAUUACACAAAACAAUAAUAAUUUGUAUUGUGAUGAAGAAACAAUAGAAAUUCCUGUUGGCCACUGUAGUUCGAAAAGUUUGGAAAUAUCUAUUCAUUCCAAAAAGCCUAAUGUACACAUUAAAGCAGAUGAAAUUUUAAAUGUAUGUUUUAUUGAGAGUGAUGUUAAAUCGUACAGAUAUAUAAGAUAGUAUUGGAAGUAUGCUUGGAUUUAGUGGUCAGACUUUUGAAGCUAAUGAAAAGGCAAUUGUUAAUUAUGUUCCUAAAUGUAUUCCAUUUGAAUUAAUUUUAAUGUUGCUGUUGGAAUGUUUGUGAAACAUAAUGAUCAUUUUCAUCGAGAAAUAUUAUAGCGUCAUCUGAGCCUAAUGUUAGAUUUGGUGGACCAAUAAUUCAUGAACCACAUUAGCCUGUAUAUAUUCCAUUUUUUUAUACUAUACAGGAAUUAGAAAUAACUUUAACUCAUUAAAAUGAGUAUUUGUUGACUUCAAUGGUGCUGCUGAAACAGUUAUUUUAGAAAUGGCGUAACAAAUUUUUAUCUUUAAUAAACAAUGAACAAAAUAGAUAGCUGUCAGUUCUACUUAUUCCCUGUAUAUGAGAACUCAAAAGAUAAUCUAAAUAUUCCUGACAAGGAUACAGAAAUUAACAUAAGUAUAGAAGAUGGAUGGCUUCAUCCUAAUCAUAGUCAGUUGUACAUGAGCUUCAGUAUUAUUGUAGCUGAUGGUACAGAUUAUCCAACUUAUGAUGGAAAAAUCUAAUAAAAAAUUAUUUAAUAAUUAUGUGGCAAAGCUAUUUGAUAUUAUAACAAUAAAGAAAGGAAAUAAUGUUACGUCUAGAAUAGAGCACCCUUUUAUUUCCUAAUCAGUUUUGUUAUAUUUGAGUUCAUCACUUAGUGAUAAAAUAAGUAUGGAAGGACAUACACUCAAUAAUGGUAAAAUAAAGAGAAAGAAAAAUGAAGUGCUUUAUCCAGUGAAUAUGCUUGUUGGUUUCAUUAGGAACUAUAACGAAAUUUUGUGGGAAGAGGAUCUUGCUGUAGUUUUUACUUGGAGUCCCAGUGCUGAGCCGGCCGGGGUGGCCGAGCGGUUCUAGGCGCUACAGUCUGGAACCGCACAAGCUACGGUUGCAGGUUCGAAUCCUGCCCAGGCAUGGAUGUGCGUGUUGUCCUUAGGUUAGUUAGGUUUAAUUAGUUCUAAGUUCUAGGGGACUAAUGACCUCAGAAGCUAAGUCCCAUAGUGCUCAGAGCCAUUUGAACCUACCCAGUGCUGAAGAUGGCCUGACUACAGUGAAGCUGGAGUUGAAAUAGAAGACACACUUCCAAAAGAAGGUAAAAUUGUAGUAGAAUCUAUGGAAACACAUACACCCAUUGUUAAAUAUGAAUGAAAUUAUGGGCUUUAACAACAAGAAAAUAUACUGAAAAAUACUAAAAUUCGCAUUUAUUUCUAUGAACUACAAACUGUGGAAGUUACUGGUUUAAGUAACAAGAAUAAUUUAGAGCUAGAUCUCAUGAACUGGUAUGACUCAAUAAAAUUUGAUAUGUCUUUUUUACUUUGUUGUGUUCCAAACUAAUCAAAAAAAUAAUAAUUGCCUGAUUCAUCGCUAUAAGAUCACAUAAAGCUGCAUAAUCUAUAUUUGAACAAUGGAAGAAAUGAAGUAUUUCCUGAAGAAGCAUGGAAUUUAGAACCAUCAGAUAAUUGUUUGAAAACUUACGACGCUUUUCUCAAUUUUAAAUGAGUUACCCAACUGAAAGGAGACGUUGAUGUAAAUCUGUAUGAUUUCAUAACAAAUUGUCCUUUAUAUGUUAAUAAUAUCACACACAGAAAAAAUAUUGUUACAAGUCAAAAGACAAAGAUAAAAUUGGUGGGAAUAUUAAACGAUAAGGUACCUUCUCUAAAUAACAUGGGAUUAUCGACACAGAGAAAAAGAAAUGAGAAUUUGUAAACUGAAGAAUUAUGUAUUUAAUGAUAUACAAUUUCAUUCAGUAUUAUUUUUCUGAAUAGUCAUUUUCAUGUAGAUUACCUUAGCAUUUUGAAUUUUAAAAAUUGUGUAAUGUUUGGCUGAGAAGUUAAUGAAAAUCAAAUGUAGCCAGCAGGCCAGCUGGUGGGGGAUAUUGCGUAGCUGCUGCCUCUGGAGUGGCUCGCAGCUGACACGAGUUUCUGUCGCCAUCUGGCGUGAUCGGAAUGCCAUGCCAUGCUAUCAAGCCACAGUUUCCUGAUCAGUUUUAGCAGCUGGAGCUGGUUCAGAAAACCGCCAACAGAUGUCUCAUUUUUGUUGUCGAAUGAACUUCAUUUCUCAGAUACCAACUAUAUAUGUGAUUUGUGAACAUCAUUUUCUUGCCAUGUGGGGCACAGCUGAAUAGCUAUAUAUUGGUGCGGCCAGUCUUAUACUAUUGUUGUUUGCUAUCAUUGUUCACUGCUUGAGCCCAUUUGAAGAAGACAAGGUCAUCUGUUGUCAGCAGCUCUACCCUCUACACAAGUUGCCCCAAGACGCUGCUAGAAGAAGAAGAAGAAGAAGAAGAAGACAAAGAAGAAGACAAAGAAG